CAGGCUUGUAGUGCAGAUCAGUCUGCUGCUCAGGCGGUACCGCGUCGUACCUGGCAGCCACACACAGCGGUCAGUGGUCAAAAAAUUACGGACCAACAAGCCGCUUUGCAACCCUGCUCCUGUGUUUAUUUUCACCUCCACCCUCCAUGCGACAGGUACACUCUGCUACCAGCACCUGUGUCCUCCUACCAGCGGGAUCAGAGGGGGUCCAGCGCGGGGCGAGAGAGUGAGGAGGACAGACCAGCAUGGACCCCCAGGCGAAGGACCACAGCAGCUCGGCGACAGGCGGCUUUAGCGGACGCCUUUCUUCUAUCGGGGCCGACGGAGGCGACUCAGAGUCCGGAGCCGGGUCUGAAGAGGCUGGGGGCUGCUGCAGCGACACGUUCAGCAGCCUGCCCGACAUGGAGCAAGAGAGUCUGGAGGAAAAACUGAGGGGACUUGCAUUCAGAAAACAAACCUCAUAUCGGAAAGCCAUCUCUCGCUCAGGACUUCAGCACCUGGGACCACCCCACCCCUCACUGCCCCCUGCCACCAAUGGCCCCAACAAAGAGCUACGCACCAGUGUGGACUGGACGGAGAAUGCUGUGAAUGGGGAUCACCUCUGGAUGGAGACCAGUUGUUCUGGAGAGAUGUGUUAUCUUGGAGAGGACACUUGUCUACUCAAGACUGCAAAGUCGGCCCCCAGAAGGAAAUGUGCUGCCUGUAAGAUUGUUGUCCACACCGGCUGUAUAGAGCAGCUCGAAAAGAUCAAUUUUCGAUGUAAGCCAACAUUCAGAGAGGGAAGUUCACGGUGCAUCAGAGAUCAGAACGUGCUCAGACAUCACUGGGUUCAUAGACGGAGACAAGAGGGAAAGUGUAAACAGUGUGGAAAGAGUUUUCAACAAAAAUUCUUUCAUAGUAAAGAAAUCAUUGCCAUCAGCUGUUCAUGGUGUAAACAAGCUUUCCACAACAAGGUAACAUGUUUUAUGCUGCACCAGAUAGAGGAGCCAUGUUCACUAGGGGCCCAUGCUGGAGUCAUAGUACCACCAUCGUGGAUUAUCAAAGUCAGAAAACCACAGAGCUCACUUAAGAACUCUGCCAGAAGGAAAAAACGCACAUCUUUUAAACGAAGGACAAGCAAGAAGGGACUGGAUGAAUCAAAAUGGCGGCCAUUUAUAUUGAAGCCUCUUCCUUCUCCUCUUAUGAAACCUAUUUUAGUUUUUGUCAAUCCCAAAAGUGGUGGAAACCAGGGUGCCAAGGUUUUGCAGAUGUUUAUGUGGAUCUUAAAUCCUCGACAAGUUUUUGACCUGUCACAAGGAGGGCUACGAGAGGCGUUAGAGUUGUAUAGAAAAGUGCCAAAUCUUAGGAUUCUUGCCUGUGGAGGUGAUGGAACUGUGGGGUGGAUCCUGUCUGCUCUAGAUGAGUUACAGAUGAACCCACAACCUCCUGUCGCAGUUCUUCCUCUGGGAACAGGAAAUGACCUCGCCAGGACACUCAACUGGGGUGGAGGGUACACAGACGAGCCUGUUUCCAAAGUUCUUGGUCACGUGGAGGAUGGUUCAGUGGUGCAGCUGGACAGAUGGAACCUUCUUGUGGAGAAAAGCUCUGCACAGCAAGAGGAGGGAAGUCAGAAGCUGCCUCUCAAUGUUUUUAACAACUACUUCAGUUUGGGGUUUGAUGCCCAUGUCACGCUUGAGUUUCAUGAGUCCAGAGAGGCCAAUCCAGAAAAGUUUAACAGUCGCUUCCGCAACAAAAUGUUCUAUGCAGGAGCUGCGUUUUCAGAUUUUCUCCAGAGAAGCUCCAGGGACCUGGCCAAGCACGUCAGAGUAGUGUGUGAUGGCACAGAUUUGACUCCAAAGAUUCAAGAGCUGAAAUUCCAGUGCAUUGUGUUUCUAAACAUUCCAAGGUACUGUGCUGGGACUAUGCCCUGGGGAAACACGGGUGAUCAUCGGGACUUUGAACCUCAGCGACAUGAUGAUGGCUGUAUUGAAGUCAUUGGUUUCACCAUGGCCUCUCUGGCGGCGCUACAGGUUGGUGGACAUGGAGAGAGACUUCACCAGUGCAGAGAGGUUGUCUUAACUACCUACAAAACUGUUCCUGUUCAGGUGGACGGCGAGCCAUGCCGACUGGCACCAUCGACUCUGCGUAUCUCUCUCCGUAAUCAGGCCAACAUGGUGCAGAAGAGCAAGAGGCGCACCUCAGUGCCACUACUGAACGAUAUUCAGAAGGUGUGUGCAGCUGAUCUGCGCCGCCUCUCUGCUCCCCCCGACUCCUUCUCUGUUCAGCAUGCUGUCCCUGAUCGCCUGCGCCUGAGAGUGAAUCGAAUCAGCCUCCUGGAGUAUGAUCGACUUCAAUACGACAAAGAAAGGCUACGAGACAUCUCUAUCCCAGUUGGCAUUGUGGUGGUGAGAGGGGACUGUGACCUGGAGACAUGCAGGCUUUACAUCGACAGAUUGCAAGAGGACUUGCACCAGGCGCCACCUACUGGCAACAGAGUGCACUAUCAGGAUGAGAGUCGAGGACUUCCCAGAACCAGUUCAACCAGUAGACUUUCUCCUAACUGGAGUUUCUUAGAUUCUACAUCAGCAGAUCGCUUCUACCGCAUUGACAAAGCUCAGGAGCAUCUUCACUUUGUAACUGAAAUUUGUCAGGACGAGGUGUUUAUUUUAGACCAUGAGGGGCCCAUCUUGAAUCAGGGGUCAUCCACGGGAAUGCCUGAUCUUGUGGUGGAGCCUAUAGUUGGAUCUUCUUUGUCUCCAGAGGAGCAAGCAUUAUUCACAGCUGCCAGUUCUGGGGAUCUUUCUAUGAUGAUGGAGUGUGUGCGUAACGGUGUGAGCUUGUUGGUCAGAAACUCCGGAGGCUGUUCAGCGUUGCACAUUGCAGCCCAGAAUGGACACACGGAACUAGUUACCUUCAUUCUACAACAAGGAUCUAAAGUGCUUCUGAAUUUAACAGACAGAGAGAGAGGGGACACUGCCUUGCACAAAGCAGCCUUAGGAAAACAGCAUGCAGUGUGUCGAUUACUGGUAGAGGCCGGUGCUUCACUUGAGAAAACCAACUUCCAGGGGAAAACACCAGCGGACCAAGCAGAAGGCGACUCAGAGUUGGCCACCUACCUGAGUCAGAAACUCACACCCACUCCCAAUGAAGACCUGGAGACCGCUGUGUGAGAACUCUAUUUGUGUCUUUGGACUCUGGGCACAACCACUGUGUCAAAGCUGAGAGCAAGCACUGUCCUCACUUCAAGGGGCAGAUCGCUGUGGCAACACUGUAAUGGAGUUUAUUGACUAUUUAUUUGUACUUAUUUAUUCAUGUUCUAUUUAUUGGUAUAAUGAGUGGUUGAUUGUAGGACUGUUCACAGUUCGGGAUGCAAGUGCACUUUGACCCUGCUGUCCCAGAAUUCCCAGAAGAUUAUUAGAGAUUAAUUUAUAUUAUAACAUCUUCUAAGUUUGAAAGAGAUCAAACCUUGGAAUCCAACAGAAUGAUGUGUUUUUACAACAAAACUAUUUUAGGCAGGGUAAUAUGAUCUGUUGAGUUAAAAAUUAAAAAGGAUAUUUGCUACCCCAUAUAAGUGCCAAAGACAUUGCACUGAUGUAGUGUCAUACCAUAUCAUUUUUGUUUAUUUUUGUGAAAGUGAAAUACUAUCAUUCAACAUUAAAAUUAAGUGUAUUUUACAAAAGGCUUUACUUGUGCAGAAUAUGAAAGAUGGAUCUAGUUUCCAAUUCUUCUUUCUUUCUUGCUUGUAUCUACCACAAGGCAUUCAGUCUGUUUUACACCUUCCCUAUAUUUUUGCACACAUUUUAGAUAUAGUCCAUGAUGUUAGCCUUAGUAUAAUGUAAAGUCUAUAAAUUAUAAUGGCAAUUAGGUAAGCAGGGUAAGUAUAUGAGUAGAAGCAGCAUUAAAAGAUUUAAUAUUCACCUAGUUUUUAUUAAAUUUCACAUUCCUGUAGAACUACAUUUAUUUUGUAAUCGGAAGCACUGGCUGUAGAAGAGAACAGCCUAGUUAACUAUUAUAGUUAAUGGUAACUCUGUGUACAUUUAAGCAUAUCCAUUAUUUUAGGACCAUUGGCUUUACAUUUUCCUAUGUGUUAUCAAAAGGCCAACCAUAUCUUCAAUAAAAAAGUCAUUUUCACUUUGUGCAACACAUUUAUUAGGUAUAUUUAAGUAUAAUUAAGUGUAUUUUAUUUGUAGAUACUAUAUGUGUGUAUGUGGGAAGCAUUUUUUUUCAAAGUGAGAAAAGAAUCUGAGCCAUACUCAAUGCAAUAUGAAUGGACUAGGCCUUUUUUCUUUGUUUACAUUACAUAAAUGUUUUACUUAUGUUAAAUGUUGACCAUUUAGCACUAAUGUGUAUUGAAUGUGCAAUUUUACAUAAAUGCUGAUGUAUGAUUGGUUUGUUUUGUGUGCAUGUUAUGUUUUAUUGAACUCUCAAACAAGAUUUUGUUUUAUGUUGGCAAGAUUAUUGGAGAAGAAUCUAUGUGCACUAAGAGAUUUGAACAGACAGAUGUUGCAAUUUUUUCAAGUUUAAAAUAUACAAUUAUUCAAAUGGGUUCCCCAAAUGAAAACUAUAGGCCUUUUAAUUUUAGCUUUUUCUACUUCAGUCAAUAUCUUCCUUUGUGUUUUAAAUGCACCAAAUGUGUGAAUCUACACUCAAUGAAGAACAAAACAUCUGUAUGUAAGCUUUUGUGGACUAUAUGCUCAUCACUCUUUCAAACAUAACUUAUUGUAUUGAUUUGUGUCGUCAAUAGGGUUGGUUUUGCAUGGCAUUUUAUUACCUCCUUCAGACGUCCCUCUGAAGUAUGACAUUAAUGUUGUUUUAACUAUUAAUCUAAAACUGAGUCCAAUGGUUUAUAAUUGAUAGUAGUCUUAGUUUUGAAAAGUGAUUUAUUUUGGCCAUUCUUGUCUUAUAUUUCUGUUAAGGAUGACAAAAUUACUUGAACUAUGUUGUUAUAUUUUCUUAACCUGUAAAUGAACAUGUGAUGCUGU